UGUCUUUCCAUUAUUGAAGCAUUAUCCUUGUGAGCGAACGGUUUUUCCUUUUCAUUGCAGUGAAAGCUUUCUUUUGUGCGGAACUGACCCUUGACUCUUAAGGCGGUCUGUCUGUUACUUGUACCGCUCGGUCAAAUGAUUGGGAAAUCGUCCUAUCCUGCAAUCUGGACGAGCCGCCUUAAGACAACUUUCAAGUUAUUUCCUUUUUCCUGUAUGCCUGGACAAGGCUCUCGCAGCAAUACCAGGUACUGGUAGCAUGCUUUUGAGGUUUCUACGCGCACAUGCCCAAGUAUCAGAGCGUUCGCAAGCUUGAGAACAUCAGUUCCGUCUUGCCGGGCCCAAAACCCUGCAAUCGGGUCAAACGGAAAGCAGUUCGAUCCACCUCCCAAGAAGUUCCAAGACACGUUCCGAACAGACUAAGACUCGACCAAGACUUUCUUCCUGGUGGUGCAAACCGCAGAAGCUUUUCAUUUCGUCAUGCUUGACGAGCUUGAAUGAUUUUGGCGGAACAAGAUCUCAAAGAAGCAUUUGAGCUUGUCUGGGAGGACCAGUCUUGAUCUCUCCACCGUUGUGUCACUGUCGCGAAGAGAAGAUGCCGACUUUGGUCGUCACCAACUUCAACAUUGUGUGCUCGGUCUUGGGCGGGUUCAUCACAUUAUUCGGCCUGGUCAGCUAUCUUCUGAAAGAGCGGUUCUACCUGUCUGAAGCUUUGAUAUCCCUGGUCGCAGGGAUCAUCUUCUCGCCUCAUGCAACGAAUUUCAUCAAGCCGCUGGACUAUGCCGACGGCAUCGAGGAGAAUUUGGACACGAUCACGCUCUGCUUCUCGCGGCUGGUGCUCGGAGUCCAGCUUGUCCUGGCCGGUGUACAAUUGCCAAGCAGAUACCUCUACACGGAAUGGAAGUCCCUCGCUCUCCUUCUUGGUCCGGGUAUGACAUUGAUGUGGAUCAGUGCCAGUCUCCUGGUCUGGGCGAUGGUGCCUCACCUGAGCUUUCUUCACGCGCUGGCUAUUGGUGCAUGUGUCACACCCACGGACCCUGUCCUAUCAAAUUCGAUUGUCAAGGGGAAAUUCGCCGAUAAGAAUAUCCCUAAACCGCUUCAGAAAAUCAUUAUCGCCGAGUCCGGAGCGAAUGAUGGGCUGGGGUAUCCGUUUCUGUUCCUGGCGCUGUACCUGAUCAGGUACACUCAGGAAGGCGGCGCAGGACAGCCCGGCGGAGCAAGCAAAGCGAUGGGGUACUGGUUCGGAGAAACCUGGGGUUAUACGAUCGUGUUAAGUGUCGUCUAUGGAAUUGCCGUCGGCUGGCUUGCCAAAGAGAUGCUACAUUUUGCGGAGGAGCGGAAGUUCAUCGACCGGGAGAGUUUCCUCGUCUUUGCCAUCACUCUUGCGCUUUUCAUCACAGGUACUUGUGGGAUGAUUGGAUCGGAUGACGUCCUGGCUUGCUUCGUGGCGGGAAAUGCUUUCACCUGGGAUGAUUGGUUCCGCCUCGAAACCGCGGAUGAUUCUCUUCAGCCUACCAUCGACAUGCUGCUGAAUAUUUCGGUAUUCCUAUGGUUUGGCGCUGUUUGUCCGUGGGCGUCUUUUCGAUCGAACGAUGUCAUACCGGUAUAUCGACUAAUCUUCCUUGGUAUCCUGAUCCUCCUAUUCCGGCGAAUUCCAAUGAUCUUUGCAAUGCACAAGAAGAUACACGAGAUCGAGGAGUUUCAGCAAGCUGCUUUUGUGGGAUUCUUCGGGCCCAUUGGCGUUUCGGCAAUCUUCUAUCUCUACGUCAGCCUGGAUUUCUUGAAUCAGGUUACUGUGGAUGGAGAAGUUCGACAAGACGCAGCACACCUGCAGGAGGUGAUGAGAGUUGUUAUAUGGUUCUUGGCCAUAUGCAGUAUUGUCGUUCACGGUCUCUCGGUCCCCCUGGGCAAGCUGGGGUACCAUUUUCCCAGGACGAUCUCUCAGGCCCUCAGCAGCGACAGAGAGGAUGAGGAACCUGAUUUGCAUUUUCGACGAGCUCCACAACUCAGCCAGCCCUUCCGGCGGAGGAGAGUAAAGAAUAACGGUGCUAAGGGCGCAUCGGAGCACCAGCCGAGUCCGGCGGUAUUCUGGAUUGGGAAGCAGGGGAGACCAGCGGAGGAAGCGGACGGUGGAUUGCAUCGACAGGUACAUUACCCUGACGAUACACCAACGGGAGCGCAAUCGCCCAGAGAGCCAAAUCGACCCAUCCAUUAUCCCAUUGACACACCACCAGAUGAGACCCGAACGCCCGCUGAACGUGAUGUAGGGGAAAGAGGCCAGGAUAUGGAGAUGAGCAAGAUGGAUAGGCCGGUCAAUCCCAGCGCGGGUCAGGGAGUCACUUGGAAGGAUGAGAGCACAAAGGAGCCAUAGCCCUCCAUUCUCACAGUGAUGCCUCGACUUUUUGUAGAUACAUGAGGGCUUUCAUCGAUUGACAUGAGUGUGUUAAUGCCACUGUAAUGAUAAAUGAAGACCCGAAAUAGAAGGCGGCGGAGCGGAAAAGUAUUCGAGUUGACGUGGUCAAGAAAAGCCACGUCUUCAUGUCAUA